UUAGACCAGAGACUAUAUACGAGAAGGUUUGACAUUGAAUUGAAGAAUAAAACAAUACGGCAUUCACGAGGACAGCUACGUGUUCUCUUACUGUUCUCAACAGCUGCCGGAACUACGACAACAACAGACAUGUUCGGUCGAAAGUCGCUAGUUAACAGGGCCGCCUGUUAAACCGGGACACCGUUUACCUGACACUAACUAACCUUCGGUCACUCCGCUUCUCACCUGCUUUACUGUUUUUCAGCCUCUCCCAUCUGCUGCUUGUAACCGGAGCUGCUACCGUUUCUGCCGCAGCGGAGAACAUUCUCCUCACCACACGCAGCGAAGCCAUUUCAACGGAUUGAUUCACUAGUAUGGUCACCUUCACGCCGGACAAACAUGCUGUCAGAAGACAGCUCACAUGAAGGCAAAAUGGCGCCCGAAACGUGAAUCGUUUUUAAUCUUCCGACAGAAAGCAACUACUUCGCAAAGGUCUUGCAUGAGAUUGCUGUCCGAUCACUGAAGCCAUGGCUAGUCCUCAUGAUCUUCAAUUCCAAGAGUUUGAGGAAGCAGCAGAGCUUUUGUCUGCAGACCCGGGGGCCUCCACUCUCAGUAUGUCUGCCUCAAACUCCAUCAAUCCAGCAGGGGAAGGAGAAGGAGAGGAUGUGAAACUAGACCUCUCAGAGGACGAGGAGGGUCAGGAGGAGAGUUCAGAGUUGUUAGGAGGACAGAAACCAACUGGUGGCUUCUGGACCUUUGAGUACUAUCAGUCUUUCUGGGAUGUGGACACAGUGCAGGUACUGGACAGAGUUAAAGGGUCAGUGAUGCCAUUACCUGGAAGAAACUUUAUCAAACACCACCUUAGGAGUAACCCGGAUCUAUAUGGGCCAUUUUGGAUCUGUGUUACGCUGGUGUUCUCAGUAGUGAUCAGUGGGAACUUGUCCACCUUCCUCAGUGAGCUGGGAAACCCCUCCUACCACUACCGACCACAGUUCCACAGAGUGACAAUAGCAGCAGUUGUGAUCUUCAUGUACGCCUGGCUGGUGCCGAUUGGUUUAUGGGGUUUUCUGACCUGGCGGCAGGGGGCUGAGAGGCAGAUCGGGGGCUAUUCCUUCCUGGAGACGGUGUGUGUCUACGGCUACUCUCUCUUCAUCUAUAUCCCCACCUCGGUUCUGUGGAUCAUUCCAUUUGAGUGGUUGCGCUGGACACUGAUCCUGUUUGCCAUGGUGGUAUCUGGCUCUGUCCUGGUCCUCACCUUCUGGCCGGUUGUCCGUGAUGACACCAAGGUGAUGUCAGUGGCUACAGUUGUUACCAUCGUGGUUUUGCACACACUGCUGGCUAUCGGCUGUAAGAUGUACUUCUUCCAGACAGCGGUCCAUGUACCAACAACGGCCCCUACACCCCCCCCGCUUCACAUAACAGGGUCAACAAGACCCCACUGACCAAUAGGAAGGAGUGCCUGCAGGAGGGAGAGAGGAAAUGAAGGAAGUCUCUGUUGUGCUUGGAAUCACAUGCAGAUAUAUUACCAUGUAUAGGCAGGCGGGUAAUGGCAAUGUUGAUUAAUUGCGUGAUCUGUUCAAUCCUUGCGUGAUGAACUGAUGGGAUGGGUGAUUGUGAUUGUUUGUCUAAUUUUGUUUGUCUAAUUUAUCCUGAGGUGGCUCUACUGGGACUGAAGUAGCACUUGUUCACUGUAAUAAUUGUACAUUUGUACAGUGAUGUCUGGGGAUGUGGUGCAAGUUUAGAAGAAGACAUUAAAAAUGAUUCAUUGGUAAGGGGAAAAGUGUAAAAAGUUCUAAACCAAAUACAACCAUUAAACCAUGCUGCGACCAUUCA